GUAGCGUCUGUGAGAGUAACAGAAAGAAAGUGAGAGAUAGAGAGGGAAAAGAGAACGCGUGCCACCACAGAACAGAGUUAAGAGUAAGCACCACAGACAAGGGUCGUAAUCUACACCAAUGAAUGACAUCAAACUGGCCCUCCUGGGCAGUGAGGGAGCUGGCAAAUCGGCGGUUUUAGUCAGAUUUUUGACUAAGCGAUUCAUAGGAGAAUAUGCAUCAAAUGCCAACUCCUUAUACCAUAAAAGGUUCUCCAUUGAUGGAAGGCAGUUGAACUUGGAAGUCUUUGAUCCGUGCUCGCAAAGUGAAGAAAGCAGAUGUAUCUUGGAGGAACCAUUGGACUGGGCUGAUGGCUUUGUGGUGGUGUACACCAUCAGUGACAGUACGUCCUUCCUAAAUGCCAAAAACAUUCUGGCGCAGAUCAAAGAGAGCCGUCGGGAGACCUGUAAAGGGGAAGUUCCCAUCUGCCUGGUGGGUAACAAGCAAGAUCUCUGCCACAGCCGUCAAGUGAGUGAGGAGGAGGGCCGUUCCCUGGCCCAAGAAAACAAAUGCCUCUUCCAGGAGGUGUCGGCAGCUGAGAACUACCUGGAGAUCUCCAACCUCUUCAUAAAGCUCAUCCGCCACGUGAUGGAACAGCUCAAACACAGAGGCGACCGCAGGCGAUACAGUGGCUCCAAGUCCAUGGCCAAGCUCAUUAACAAUGUCUUUGGCAAGAGGAGAAAAUCUGUUUGAGGAUGGAGCAAAAAAAGUGCUCAGAAAUGAAUCUCCAUUGAAUCAGGAAUAGAGUUAUGUCCUUGGUAAACCUACACUGAUGUUCUUUAAAUGCUCUUGGAUACAUACUAUCAAAUAGGAACCACUAUGAGAGAUCCCAUGUAGCUGAGAACAUCAUAUCAUCGAGUAUUGUUUGAAAGUUGUAUGCAUGAGCUAUAAAUACUGUAGUGCUAGGACAAAUACAUGCAUGUUUAUACAACCCCACUGGGUUUAUCGUAUUAGCUCAUUAGCUAUGCUUCACAACAUAUUUUGCAUGAUCGUUAUUUGAGUAUAAAUAUUCUUAAAUUGGCUUUUCUUAAGUAGAGUGAAUCACCCUUGGGUUUCUUUAUUCUCAUAUUAUAAUGACUUGUUUUCCUGUAAUGGAAGAGUUCGACUGGUGAAAAACCAAAGCAAUUUUAGCCUAAAUAUUCAAAAUGUUUGUUUUUGACACAUGUAAAUGUCUUGGUGAUAUUUUACAUAAAACUGAUGAAUGUUUUCAAAUGCUUGAAACUUUCAAUUUUCUCUUCAAAGGGUAACACACAUUCCUUCCUCCCCUUUUUGAAAUUGUUUUAUUGGCACGAGACUAAGUUUGCAUUAAGGAAUGUACAACAAAGUGCAAGUGAAUUUCAUCUGUCUAGAUGAAGUGUAAAUCGAAGGUAAAUUACCAUUCUAAAACGCUAUGCCAAAAUACCUCUUGCAUUUCUUCCAUUGCAAUCUUAUGCUAAUUGCAUUUGCGAGGGGAAACGAAUGUACUGCAGCAUUUCUUAAAGUGAACUCAAGAUUCUUUUAAAUUUGCCUGGAUUAAUUACUCAUAAGAUGCAGGGAAGAAGGUCAGUAACCAAACAGAUCUCAUCCCGAAACUAUGGCAGUAAAUGGGGGGUGAGAUCUGUUUGGUUACUGACAUUCUUCCAAAUAUCUUUCUUUGUGUUCAGCACAACGAAAAAAAAUAUACAGGUUUGGAACAACCUGAGGAUAAAUGAUGACAGAAUUUUUCAUUUUUGGGUGAACUAUCACUUAACUAUCAAUAACAGGCAACACACAGUCUGUUAAUAACACAAAUGAUUGCGCCACAUAUUGUCAAUAGUAUACUGAGUGUUAAACAUACAUACAGUUUUUAUUUGGCUUAUUAAAGUGUUUCAAGAUAUAAAAGCACAGUCUAUGUUGGGCCGAGUGUGAACCUCUAAGUUAAUGAGUUCUCCAAAUAAAUGAGUUCUCCAAAGGCUAAUUGAAGUCAGGUUUUCAAAUCAAUGAGAUGAGAUUGGUGGUUUGAGGUGGGUUACCUUAGAAAGAAUUAGACAUCUUUAGUUACGAAGAUUAACUCGAGAAAGA